AUGUCCGUCGACAAGACGCCCAUCUUCAUUACUGGUGCUACUGGCUAUAUCGGAGGCUCUGUCCUUGAACGUCUCCUCAAGCAUCCCAGUGCUAGCACCUUCGAUAUCACUGCUCUCGUCCGUAACGAGGAGAAGGCCAAGAUCCUCGAGUCCAAGUUCCCAGUCAAGGUUGUUCGCGGAACGCACCAGGACCUGGACAAGCUCGAGACACUUGCACAGAACGCGCAUGUUGUCUUCCACACCGCCGACGCCGAUGACGAGCCCGCUGCCAAGGCUAUCUUGAGCGGUCUUAGGAAGAGGCACGCCACCCUCGGCGACCUUCCCAUCCUUAUCCACACAUCCGGAACGGGUCUCCUCACCGAUGACGCACGGGGCGAGUACGCCACGGAGACCAUCUACUCGGACCUCAACAUCGAGCAGCUCAAGGCGAUCCCGCCCACUGCGUUCCACCGGAACGUCGACCUGCUCGUCAUCGAGGCAGACACGCAGGGAUACGCGCGCACCCACAUCAUCUUCCCAUCGACCAUCUACGCCAUUGCGGAGGGCGCCCUCUUCGACGCGGGCGUGUCGAACCCGCACUCGAUCCAGAUUCCGUACCUCAUCAAGGCCGCUCUCGCCCGCAAACAGGCAGGCGUUGUUGGCAAGGGCAAAGCGCUCUGGCCCGAUGUGCACAUCCAUGACGUCGCCGACCUGUACAUCACCCUCUUCGACUCGAUCGUGAGCCACCCCGACACGACCGGGCACGGCUGGGAGGGCUUCUACUUCGGCGAGAACGGCGAGCACAGCUGGUACCAGAUCAGCCGCGCGAUCGGCGACGCGCUCGUCGCGCUCGGGAUAUCGCAGGACCCCGAGCCGACCCCAUUCACGACUGAGGAGCUCGUGAAGUACUUCGGGAGCGAGUGGGCGGGCAACUACAGCGGCUCGAACUCGCGCUGCCGCGCGGACCGCGGGCGCGCGAUUGGGUGGAAGCCGAGGUUCACGACGGAGGAUAUGUUGAGGAGUAUCAGGCCGGAGGUGGAGGCGUGGAUCAAGAAGCAGCAGGCGUAGAUACUUGAGUCGAAGAGAAGAUAAUCACUCAAUAUGUAUAUCAGAGGCUGACAUCGCGAUGCAACAUCGAAUAUCAUACUGAGCGUC